CAGUCGGUGCGCUGCAGUAAACAGUGAAAAAAUAUACUUGUGUCGAGUCCAAUUGGACUGCGAAAACUGCAUUAAACAAAGAGGUCAAAGACAAUCUGCAAGUGGUAGUAGCUAGAGAAUUACUAGAAACUCGAGAUAUUCAGUGCAAAGACCAAUCCAUUCGGAUCCUUGUGGAAAAGGGUGGAGGCCAGGCCCACACAUACAUACACUUUCAGCAGCAGCGCAGCUCGCCGAGUGAAGUGGAAAAUGUAUCCAAAGGAGUCCAAUGGCCGUUUUUGCGAGCAGAUAUGAACGGAAAUUGCCAAUUGACGACACCCAGGCGCUGAGCUGCGAGAUAACCGCCGUCCAGGAGGUCGCCGGACAUACGGCGGCGAAUGUGACUGUGUGUGUGUCUGCUUGCAGGAGUACCUGCUGCGCGUGUGGAGGGGCGCCAGCAACAAGAACUACUGGACCGUUUUGCGCCGCUAUAAUGACUUCGACCGACUGGACAAGUCUCUCCGCGUCUCCGGCAUCGAGCUGCCGCUGCCUCGCAAACGCAUCUUUGGUAACAUGCGCCCGGAGUUCAUAGCUGAACGGAAGCAAGCCCUGCAAGAGUACAUAAACGCCGUACUAAUGAAUCCCAUAUUGGCAUCCUCGCUGCCAGCCAAGCGCUUUGUGGAUCCCGAGAGUUACUCGCAGUCCUUUCACGACCAUGCCGUGCAGAAUGCUAUGCUCUGCCUGCGCAACGACACUACGUGGUCGCUGGGUGGAAGUAUGGGUGCCAUAGGCUGGCGCCUCCGGAAGCACUACUUUAAGGUCACUACAAAGCCGCCGGAGAAGAGCAGCAACAAGCAACUGGUUAAGAGCGGUUCACAGACCCAUCAGAGCAAACAUUUCGCCGCUGGGAGCAGCAAUGGCAGCGGUCACUCCAUCGACGCCGGAACCUUGGAUCCCGGGUCAGAGGUGGUGGCUGAGUGGCUGGAGUACGGACCCGACAAGUUUAUCGACGAAAAAGAAAUCGGGGGCAUAAUGAAAAGCCUGAUGGGCCUGCAGCAUCCGCACAUCGAGCCCGUUCUCCUGGCAGCCCACACCGAAAACGGUUGCCUGGUCAUAAGAAAAUUCCACAAGCAUGGUACUUUAAAGGAUGUUUUGUGCAUGGCCGCGAAUCCAAAGAAUACAUUUCUUAGCAAGUACGGCAAUCCCAAGGGGCGCACUGCGCUUUCAAUGAAACAAGUGGCUACAUAUGGGAAGCAGAUUCUAGAGGCCCUAAUAUUUUUGCACUCGAAGGGAUACGCAUAUGGUCAUCUACAUUCCGGAAACAUAGUGAUAGUCGACGAUUGUGUUAAGCUACUGGACAUCGAGAACUUUUUGCUGGGCGUUCCAGCGUUUUACCGGCCAUUUUUCAUGCAGCACAGUAAAAUCCAUGCCAUCGAGACCAUUGAUGUUUACUGUUUUGGUCAUGUCCUCUUCGAAAUGGCCAUGGGUUAUCCUCUGCAGGAGUCUGUCGUGCGCCAGAUCACCGAAUGUCCCGAAGCGCUGAAAUGUCUUCUGGAGAGCAUUCUUUCCAAGGAAGCUUGCAAAGCUGGCCUGCCGACUCUGGAGCAAUUGUUGGGUCACAGAUUCUUCUUGCAAUACGCUUCAACCGAGAGCGCCGGCGCCGCUGCCAAUGCUGAAAAGCCGUACUUUAAGCUAUCAUUGAACGCCAAGGAGCUGCUUAAGCAGGCGGCUAUCAAGAGCGAAAACCGCCUGCGGGACGAACAGAAGUCUGUGAAGAACCAAAAGCGCAUUGUGCGUGUCCAGGAACUGAUGAGCUCCGAGGAGGAGAAGCGGAAGUCCAAGCAGAAAGCCGUUAGUUACCCAAAACCCAAAGCCCGAACACUUCACGUAGUUUAAUCUUACACAGCUCAUUUUGGUUUCUUUUUCGUUUAUUUCAAUGCUUACGUAUAGAAACUAGAGCACAAACAGUCGAAGCUAAAGCAGCAAAGUUCAAUCCAAACAAACAAUGGACGCUUGUCGCUUGUGGCUGCGACUGCAGCAGCAGCUUCCUCAAGCACCACGGUGGUUGGCGAGUUAUGUGGGACCGACUCCUUCAACCGCUCCGACAGCACACCCGAGGAGCCCACCACACUGGCCGGCAUCAAAUCACCGCCGCUCACUCCGGGGCCACACUUGGGCAGCAUAUAUCAGCAGGAAUUGCCGUCGACGACUGGCGCACCGGUGGAACGGCAGUCCUCCACACCGAACAUGCUGUCUGAGGAUGCGGAGGGCGGUGAUGGCGACGAGCCAACACGCUCCGCUCUUCUGGAGUCCAUCUGCAAGUUUAACCGCGGAUCGCUGCGCAAAGUGCGAUCCAACGACUAGCUGCGGAACUGUGGGACGAAUAAAUAUUACAAUUUUUGGACCAAAUGUGGCGUUAUGAAAUAACGAUACCAUCAAAAAUAACUUGAACUAAUCGAAUUCCAAAAGCUACAUUUUAGAGGCAUAUUAAGAAACAGAAUACUAGCAGAUCGAAGACACCGCUGAGCAUAGAAUAGUCCCAAAACAAUCCAGCAAUUACUAUAUGUAUUAACGAAACCCACUGAUUAUAAUUAUUGCAUCUUAUACGUGUCCACCAUACAUUGCAUACGAUUUAUCGGCUAAAAAGCAUGUGUCUAUUUAUGUAAGCAACAAGUUACAUGUCACUCACUUGCGAUCAGAUUCCCGAUCGCAACUAAAGCUUUACCUAUGUGUCCACUACACGACUGAUACUAACUUUGGUACGAAUAUCUUAAAUGAAAAAUGGAAACAAAGUAUCUAAAUCUAAAAACAAAAAUCUAGAACACGAAUGAAACGACAUACAGAGAAAUUUAAACUUUCCAAUAUUUACAUAAGUCUGCACCAAAAUUUGCACGAGACGAGACGAGAUGCUAUUCUUUUAUAUGGCCCACUGGCCAACAUAUAGUACAUGGAUGUUAGAUGUAUUAAGAAGUCGUUCCUCGGUGUUGUGCUAUCUCCACCAGCGCGGUUUUAUCGCCAAUUUUUAGUAGUUGUACUGCAGGUUUUGUAACUGAAUUUGAGUUUUUAUAUAUUUCGAAGAGCCACGAAUGUUUCAAAAACACUCAACUGUUCGUUAACGUCUAGACAUACUCGGAGUCCUGGACUCAAACAAGUGGAAGCAACAGGACAAAGACAAGGAAAUGUGGCCAAGAAUUCGCACUGUUAUUGUUUUACUUUUUAUAGAUAAUUUAUUAGGUGUGUAUUUAACCGAAUCCGAGCGUAUCGAGUAUAUUUAUAUUUAAAUAUGUGUAUAUAGAUGUAAUUGAUGUUUUGUGGCCACAAGAGCACCACCACCCAGUAAUAACGUAAAUAUCGUAACAUGGAUGUGUAUUAUUGUCUACUGACUGUGUGUAUAUGUUUCAUAUGUAUACUUUAAACGCAAGACCGACCCGAAAUGUGAAGCAUAUUCCCACACAUAUAGCAAACCAAAUAAAGUGUAAACUAAUUGUUGUUGU